AUGUCCCCGACUACUGGAAGUUGGAAAGAUCGAGCUUGGGCGAAGCGAUGGAUGGAGAGCAGAGCACAAAUCGAGCGAAGACAAGAAUCUGGAGAAUGGAUCAACUGUGAUGCAAACUGCUACUGUUGCCGAUAUAUGGUAGAUGAGGGAUGUGUGGAUACGGAUGAAGAUGCAAACGACAACUGUCCGGCGCCUCGUCCCACACCAGCAGCUAUCACGGCCAUGCCGACAACUUUGCCGUUGCCUACGGAGACUUUAUCAGCCACGACUUCUCCAACUAAUGCUCCUUUGACUGUCGAAUCGUCUCCCGCUUCAUCAGCUGUAUCAGCUCCCUCGACCACGCUAGGUACGAGCACGUCAGAAUCGACUGCUUCGACACCGUCAGCAAGCCAAGAAUGGGUAUUCCCCGCGGCUACUUCGAUUAUCAGCGCACGUCAAGUUGAUACAGUUGACGCGGCUUCCUYCGGUYCCGUGCACCGCGAAGACUCCAUGAUAGUCCAAUGGACGCCUGAAGACACGACACCAGGUAUUCAAUGGUUCUGCGAGUCCAACUCCGGAAACCGUAGCGGAGGUCUCGUUUCUUCCAAUCAAAGCCAACCGCUCAGUAUCCAAUUUAACGGCCUUGCGCACCAAGCCAACGACGUAGAUGACGUGUAUUGUCGACUAGGAUUCACAGACGCUCCUGGGCAGACCGUGCAGUGGCAAUACAUCAAUACUCCAGACCCAAACGGCGCCAAUGUGAUUAGUGCCCCUGCAAAUGUGGCCACAGCAGCGGUGGCUACUGCAUCUUCUUUGAUUGUCUCUACUACCAGCACGAUGAGCACAUCACCUACAAGCAUCAACGAUAGUAAAUCAAGGGACAGUGGACUUUCUGCAGGAGCAGCGGYAGGAAUUGGUGUUGGCGUUGGCAUCAUCGUGAUCGUAUUCAUCAUCCUUGGUGCAUGCUUCUGGCAUCGUAAGAAAAACAGUGGACCUCAUCGCAUACCCCUGUGGGCUAUCAACGACAAGAACUCUUCCAAUUCGGACGAAUCAGGGCAUCCGCCCUCCUACUCUGAUAAUCAAACACCGAGCGACGGAGUGUUCGAGCUGCCCGGGGCGCCCCUGAAUCCAGCAGAGCUUCCAGCUGGCAUCAAAGGCACACCCGUCAUGCCCAGCGAGCUACACGGUCAUCACGAGAAGCCUGCAUUAGCAGAGCUGGGCAGUGAUAAAGAUUUKGAAGAACAGAACAUGAGACCUCGUCCACUCACUUCGCAUCCUGCUCGUGUUGUAAACGGCGAAGAUGGAGCUGUGGUGUUCUCACCUUCGGAUUAUGACAGGAUAGAGGAUGGCACAGAACGACUUCCUGUGUCUCCCUUGUCAGGAAUCCUCAGCUCUGGGCGUUUUGGAAACGCGUCUUUCAUACAUCAGCAAAUAGAGAACUCUCCAGUCAGCGCAUUGCAAGAUAGAGAACCGGGCUUGGGGGCAGGACGAACUAUGUUUCAAAGAAAGCCUAUUGGGUGA